AUGUCUUCACUACCACACACCAAAGCCGGCCUCCGUGCUGUCAAAUGGCUAUCCCGGCGACAACAACGAGCAGUUGGACAGCCCGCCUGGCUAGAUGAGUACAUCACCGAAAAACAUCCUUCUUCUCCUUCUUCUGUCUUGCCUUCCACGACCCGGAGCGACACGCCGUCCGCUCGUUAUUCUGUUGGGCCUUCUCCUAUCUCACAGACGACAAUACUGGGCGAGGUUGGUAGUCCUGAUGCUGAAUAUGAUGCAGAUACUUCUCAGCCGUCCUCGGCAGCGGAUUCUCCGAAAGCUUUCAACUCUGACGGGCAUCUCAGGAGCAGCAGGCCUGUUGAUCGUCGUCCAGCGACUACGCAUUACUUCACCCCUCGGCGAUCCACAACGCUUCUUGCAUUGACGCCGCCUUCCUCGCAGCGAAGAAGGCCGACCAGAUUAGCCUUACCACCACCCUCGCUCCCGGCGCGGAGACACCCGUCGACCCAGGCGACCCAGACGUCCACCGCCAUCCUUCUCAACGGCCUCCGUGCACAGGUUGCCCAGCGCGACUCGACCAUCGCGGCCCUCAAGGCACAGCUCCGUGCGGCGGGCGCCACGCCGCCGCAGCCUCGGGACGCGAGGGGACGGUUUGCGUCGCCGCCGGGUGGUUCGUCUGCCGCUGGGAGGAAGAGCACCACCACCAGCAGCGACAGCACCAGAAGCGGCCGUGUGCAGCGUUCCAGGGGGCGGCGGAGGAGGCGCACGCAGACGGAGCUGCUGAUGGAGGCGGGGAUCAUGUUUGGGUAUCUUGACCAAGUUCCUAAUGUGAGUCAUGUGACGGGGGAGCCGGUGGUGAGGGAGGCUGUCCUGGGAGGGUGGAGUGGUGGGUCGGAGGACGAGAUUGAGGUCCGGGCGAGGGGUUUGGUGGGGGAUAUUUGGGGGAGGAAAAAGGUGAGAGUAGAGCGUGUUAUUUUUUGGAUGUAA